AUGGUUGCCACAGACGAACUCACUGCGCGUCUCUCUGCGCUCUCAUUGGCUCCUUCUGCUCUGGCUGCCCACCCAGCAGUAUCCAAUCCUGGCCAAUGGAAAGAGGCACUUGGACUAGCUCCCGGGGUCCCAAGCUCGUUUGAGCUUUGCAAAACACUCGUAUUCAAACCAAAGACGGCGAAAUCAGCAACUCCUGUUCCGGUAGUCGCCAUCGCUCGCGACGAGACCGAGACGAGCUCUGGGGCACUCGCAAAGAAGUUUAAUCUCAAGGAUCUCCGUCUGGCCACCGACGAUCUCCUCAAAGACUUCUUUGCCCUUGACAAAGACUCGCUGGUUCUGGACAGCACCAUCGCCGGCACAUCUGCUCCCCUAGCCCUUCAUGCAUCCUCUCCCGAAGCUACCGUGUUCCUGUCCGGCAAAGACAUCGCCACAUAUCUCACCAGUCUCGAAACUGCCGAAGCCAAGGUCCAUGUGGUCGACUUUGCUGCGCUCAAGGCAGAGGCAGAAGCCACUCCGGGCGGUGUAGGACCAGUUGGUAAGGCUGCCCCCGCGAAAAAGGCCGAGGACGCCAAAAUUGAGGGCGCUGUUCAAAUUGCGAUCGGUGUCAAGAAGGAACUUGAUUUCCCUACUUGGUACACCAAUGUACUCAUUAAAGCCGAGAUGAUCGACUAUUACACAAUGGUUCGAUUCAAGAUCAAGGAGCUCGACGUUGAGAACUCGUACUUCCCCAUGUUCGUCUCGAGCAAGGUACUCGAGCGUGAAAAGGACCACAUUGAAGGAUUCGCUCCCGAAGUAGCUUGGGUUACUCGCGCUGGAAGCACCGACCUCGAGGAACCCAUCGCCAUCCGUCCUACUUCUGAAACCGUCAUACUACGCGAAAUGGAUCCAAUCCCACCGCGACCUCCCUCUCAAACUCAACCAAUGGAAUCGGUCGUCCGAUGGGAAUUCAAAAACCCUCAGCCUUUCCUGCGCACACGUGAAUUCCUCUGGCAAGAAGGCCACACUGCCCAUCUCACCCGCCCCGAAGCCGACAAGGAAGUCCGGGACAUUCUCGAUCUCUACCGACGGGUGUACGAAGAGCUUCUCGCCGUGCCCGUCAUUCCCGGUGUCAAGUCCGAAAAGGAGAAAUUCGCCGGAGGGUUGUAUACCACCACCGUAGAAGGAUUCGUCCCCACCUCCGGACGUGGAAUUCAAGGGGCAACAAGCCACUGUCUUGGCCAAAACUUCAGUAAAAUGUUCAAUAUCAGCGUCGAGGAUCCCAACUUGAGCGCAGCUGACAAGGCUAAACUCACGGACCCCGAGGCUGGCAAGGCCUACGUAUGGCAAAACUCGUGGGGUCUAUCGACUCGCACGAUCGGAGUCAUGGUCAUGGUUCACGGCGAUAACCAGGGUUUGGUUCUCCCCCCGAGGGUAGCGAACGUACAGGUCGUGGUUGUUCCUGUGGGUGUGACCGCCAAGACGACGGACGAGAUGAGGGAGAAAAUCUCGAACGCUUGCUCGGAUGUCGUCAAGACGUUGAAGGCCGUUGGCGUAAGGGCCAAGGCGGAUUUGCGAGAGGGGUACACUCCUGGGUACAAAUUCAAUGACUGGGAACAAAAGGGUGUCCCCAUCCGACUCGAGAUCGGGCCCCUCGACCUCGAGAAAUCCAGCACGCUCUCCGUCCGCCGAGACACAUCCGCCAAAUCCCCGCUCCCGCUCUCCGACAUCCAAACCUCCGUCCCGGCCCUGCUCGAAACGAUCCAAGCCGACAUGUUCGCGCGCGCCAAGGCCGCCUACGACGACCGCCUCAAAGUCGUCAACGACUGGUCCCAGCUCACGCCCACGCUCGAGCAGAAAUGUGUCGUCGUUAUUCCGUGGUGCGAGCAGGAAUCAUGCGAAGACGCGAUCAAAGACCGGAGCGCCAAGGAAGCAGCCGAGCAAGCUGACGAGCGCAGUCCCUCGUCGGGCGCCAAGUCGUUGUGUAUUCCGUUUGACCAGGAGAGAUGGGGCGCGCUCGAAAAGGGGACCAAGUGCGUUGGGUGCGGGGCCGAGGCCAAGCGAUGGACGAUGUUUGGAAGGAGCUAUUAA